UUCACUCGCGCGUCGUUGCUCUCGGAGGGGCGAGGCGGUGCCGGUCGGCCGGUGCAGAUUCGCCUGAAUAUUGUGUGGUUGGAGUGAUAGUGAUAAGGUGACGUUGAUAGUUUUAAAUCGUUUUUAUUUUAUUUAUUCGUUGUUGGAGUGACCCUCAAGUUGUUACAGAGUGAAAUAACGAACUGCGGCAAAAUGGCGACAGACCUUGACCUGAACGACCCUGAUUUGAAAUAUCUCACCGUUGAUCGAAAAUCGUUCAAUGAUCCGGCUGCCCAAGCGGAAUGGACGACGAAGCGGCUCGUAUGGAUACCGCAUGAAACUCAUGGAUUCGUUGCUGCCGGGAUCAAGCGAGAUUCCGGCGAUGAGGUGGAGGUGGAAAUCGCCGACACCGGGAAGAUGGUUCUCGUCAACAAAGAUGACAUUCAAAAGAUGAAUCCCCCAAAAUUCAACAAAGUUGAGGAUAUGGCGGAGCUGACCUGCCUCAAUGAGGCGUCUGUACUGCACAACUUGAAGGACAGAUACUUUUCUGGCCUCAUUUAUACCUACUCUGGCCUGUUCUGCGUGGUGGUGAACCCCUACCGCCGGCUGCCCAUCUACUCGGAGAAGGUGGUCGAGCUCUACAAGGGCAAGAAGCGCCACGAGGUGCCGCCGCACGUGUUCGCAGUCACCGACAAUGCCUACCGCAGCAUGCUGCAGGACCGUGAGGACCAGUCGAUCCUCUGCACGGGAGAGUCGGGCGCCGGUAAGACCGAGAACACCAAGAAGGUCAUCCAGUACCUGGCGCACGUGGCCGCCUCAAAGCCCAAGUCGUCGCACGUCUCGGGCAAUGCUGAGCUGGUCAUAGACACGCGGAUACUGUCGGGCGAGCUGGAGCAGCAGCUGCUGCAGGCCAACCCCAUUCUCGAGGCCUUCGGAAAUGCCAAGACCGUCAAGAACGACAAUUCGUCCCGUUUUGGUAAAUUCAUCCGGAUCAACUUCGACGCAUCCGGCUUCAUCGCGGGCGCCAACAUCGAGACGUACCUGCUGGAGAAGUCGCGCGCCAUCCGGCAAGCUAACGAUGAGCGCACGUUCCACAUCUUCUACCAGCUGCUGGCCGGCGCCUCGGAGGCCCAGAAAAAGGAGUUUCUGCUGGAGCAGCCCAAGAACUACUCGUUCCUCACCUUCGGCAACGUCUCGGUCAGCGGUGUGGACGACGCGCACGAGUUCAAGGCCACCGUGGACGCCAUGCAUAUCAUGGGCAUGAACCAGGACGACCUGCAGUCCAUCUUCCGUGUCAUCUCGGCCGUGCUGCAGUUCGGCAACAUGAAGUUCAAGCAGGAGCGGAACUCGGACCAGGCCACCCUGCCCGAUAACACGGUGGCGCAGAAGGUGUCCCACCUGCUGGGCCUGAACGUCACCGAGAUGACCAAGGCCUUCCUCAAGCCCAAGAUCAAAGUGGGACGCGACCACGUCACUAAGGCGCAGACCAAGGAACAGGUGGAGUUUGCCAUCGAGGCCAUCUCGAAGGCGUGCUACGAGCGCCUGUUCAAGUGGCUGGUGACGCGCAUCAACCGCUCGCUGGACCGCACUAAGCGGCAGGGCGCCAGCUUCCUCGGCAUCCUCGAUAUCGCCGGGUUCGAGAUCUUCGACCUGAACUCGUUCGAGCAGCUGUGCAUCAACUACACCAACGAGAAGCUGCAGCAGCUGUUCAACCACACCAUGUUCGUGCUGGAGCAGGAGGAGUACCAGCGCGAGGGCAUCGAGUGGAAGUUCAUCGACUUCGGACUCGACCUGCAGCCCACCAUUGACCUCAUCGAAAAGCCGAUGGGUAUCAUGGCUCUGGUGGACGAGGAGUGCUGGUUCCCCAAGGCCACCGACAAGUCUUACGUCGAGAAACUGGUCCAGGCGCACACCACGCACCCCAAGUUCCUCAAGUCCGACUUCCGCGAGAAGGCCGACUUCUCCGUCAUCCACUACGCCGGAAAGGUGGACUACCUGGCCGACCAGUGGCUGAUGAAGAACAUGGACCCGCUGAACGAGAACGUGGUGUCGCUGCUGCAGGCCUCGCAGGACCAGUUCGUCGUCAACAUCUGGAAGGACGCCGAGAUCGUGGGUAUGGCGCAGCAGGCGCUCUCGGACACCCAGUUCGGCUCGCGCACCCGUAAGGGUAUGUUCCGUACGGUCAGCCAGCUGUACAAGGAGCAGCUCUCCAAGCUGAUGGUCACUCUGCGAAACACCAACCCCAACUUUGUCAGGUGCAUCAUCCCGAACCACGAGAAGAAGUCGAACCGGAUCGACGCCUCGCUGGUGCUGGACCAGCUGCGGUGCAACGGUGUGCUGGAGGGCAUCCGCAUCUGUCGCCAGGGCUUCCCCAAUCGGAUCCCGUUCCAGGAGUUCCGGCAGCGCUACGAGCUGCUCACGCCCGGUGUCAUCCCCAAGGGCUUCAUGGACGGUAAGAAGGCCUGUGAGAAGAUGAUCACGGCGCUGGAGCUGGACCCGAACCUGUUCAGGGUCGGCCAGAGCAAGAUCUUCUUCCGCGCCGGCGUGCUGGCUCAUCUCGAGGAGGAGCGUGACUUCAAGAUCUCGGACCUGAUCAUCAACUUCCAGAGCUACUGCCGCGGCAUGCUCGCCAGGAGGAUGUUCCAGAAGCGGCUGCAGCAGCUGAACGCCAUCCGCAUCAUCCAGCGCAACUGCGCCGCCUACCUGAAACUGCGGAACUGGCAGUGGUGGCGCCUGUACACCAAGGUCAAGCCGCUGCUGCAGGUGACCAAGCAGGAGGAGAAGCUGACCCAGAAGGAGGAUGAGCUGCGCAGCGUCGUCGAAAAGCUGGACGUCCAGACCAAGGAGUGCCAGGAGGUCGAGAAAAAGUUCAGACAGGCGCUGGAGGAGAAGAACAUCCUGGCGGAGCAGCUGCAGGCCGAGACGGAGCUGUGCGCAGAGGCCGAGGAAAUGCGCGCCCGGCUGGCCGCGCGCAAACAGGAGCUCGAGGAGAUCCUGCACGACAUGGAGUCCCGCCUCGAGGAGGAGGAGGAGCGCGUCAACGGCAUGAACGCCGAGAAGAAGAAGCUGCAGAUCAACAUCCAGGACCUGGAGGAGCAGCUCGAGGAGGAGGAGGCCGCACGGCAGAAGAUCCAGCUCGAGAAGGUGCAGUGUGACGCGCGCGUCAAGAAGCUGGAAGAGGAGAUGGCCGUCUCCGAGGACAUGAACCAGAAGCUGCAGAAGGAGAAGAAGAUGCUGGAGGAGCGCGCCAGCGACCUGGCGCAGACGGUGGCAGAAGAGGAGGAGCGCUCCAAGCACCUCACCAAGCUGAAGACCAAGCAUGAGUCGACCAUCGCCGACCUUGAGGAGCGGCUUCGCAAGGAGCAGCAGCUGCGCCAGGAGCUGGAGCGCGUCAAACGCCGCCUCGAGACCGAGAUCAACGACCUGAAGGAGCAACUGGCCGAGAAGAAGGCGCAGGUGGAGGACCUGCAGCUGCAGCUGGCCAAGCGCGAGGAGGAGCUCACCCAGGCCAUGAUGAAGGUGGACGAGGAGGCGGCCGGAAAGGCCCAGGCGCAGAAGGCCAUCCGAGAGGUCGAGAGCCAGCUGACCGAGCUGCAAGAGGACCUCGAGUCGGAGCGCGAGGCGCGCAACAAGGCCGAGAAGCAGAAGCGUGACCUGAACGAGGAGUUGGAGGCGCUGAAGAACGAGCUGCUGGACUCUCUGGACACCACGGCUGCCCAGCAGGAGCUCCGCACCAAGCGCGAGGAGGAGCUGACCAAGAUGCAGAAGGCCGUGGAGGAACAGCAGGCCCACCACGAUCAGGUCAUUGUCGAGCUGCGACACAAGCAUAACGCGGCCAUGGAGACGCUCAACGAGCAGCUGGACUCGCUGAAGAAGACCAAGCAGCAACUGGAGAAGACCAAACAGCAGCUCGAGGCCGAGAACGCCGACCUCGCGCACGACAUCAAGGCCGUCACCACGUCUCGCACAGAGUCGGAGCGGAAGCGCAAACAGCAAGAGUCUCAACUGAGCGAGCUUACCGUCAAACUGCAGGAGUCGGACCGCACGCGACAGGAGCUCCAGGAGAAGGUGGCCCGCUCCCAGAACGAGGUGGAGUCGCUCUCCACUCAGUUGGAACAGAUCGAGACCAAGGCGACUCAGUCGGCCAAGUCGAGCACCACGCUGGAGGCUAACCUAGCCGAGGCGCAGGCUCUUCUGGAGGAGGAGACCCGACAGAAGCUGGCGCUUAACUCGCGCCUGAGGACGGCCGAGGAGCAGCGCGGACAGCUGCAGGACCAGCUCGAGGAGGAGGAGGAGGCCAAGCAGCAGCUCGAGAAGCAGCUGGGCCAGGCGCAGACCCAGCUGGCCGAGAUCAAGAAACGUGAAGCGGAGGAGGCCGAGACGGUGCAGCAGCUCGAGGAGGCCCGCAAACGCCAGAGCAAGGAGAUCGAGGAGCUGCGCCACCAGGUGGAGGAGAUGCAGGCGGCCAACGACAAGCUGGACCGCUCCAAGAAGAAGCUGCAGGCGGAGCUCGAGGACGUCACCAUCGACCUGGACGCGCAGCGCGCCAAACUCGUCGAGCUCGAGAAGAAACAGCGCAACUUCGACAAGGCCAUGAACGAGGAGAAGGCGCUCUGUGAGCAAAUCUCUCUGGAGCGGGACAACGCCGAGCGCGAGGCCCGUGAGAAGGAGACCAAGGUGCUGUCGCUGACGCGCGAGCUCGACGAGGCCCAGGUGGUGCGCGAGGAACUGGAGAAGGCGCGCCGUCAGCUGCAGAACGAGCUCGACGAGCUGGUCAACUCGCAGGGCACCGCCGAUAAGAACUUCCACGAGCUGGAGAAGGAGAAGCGUAUCCUGGAGAGCCGCAUGGAGGACAUGAAGACCCAGAUGGAGGAGCUCGAGGGCGACCUGCAGAUGACCGAGGACGUCAAACUCCGCCUGGAGGUCAACAUGCAGGCGAUGAAGACGCAGAUGGAGCGCGAGAUGUCCGCCAGGGAGGAGCAGGCAGAGGAGAAGCGGCGCGCGCUCCUCAAACAGCUGCGCGACCUCGAGAUGGAGCUGGAUGACGAGCGCAAACAGCGCAGCUCCAGCUCGGCACUGCGCAAGAAGCUGGAGGCCGACUACAAGGACCUCGAGCAGCAGAUGGAGAUGAACAACAAACUCAAGGACGACGCGCUCAAGCAGCUGAAGAAAAUGCAGAUGCUGCUCAAGGACAGCCAGCAGCAGGCGGAGGAGGCCCGUCUGGGCCGAGAGGAUAUGGCCGCCCAGUGCAAGGAGGCUGAGAAGAAGAGCAAGGCGCUGGAGGCAGAACUGAUCCAGCUGCAGGAGGACCUCAGCUCGGCCGAGCGGCAGCGCAAGAACGCUGAACAGGAGCGCGACGAGCUGCACGAGGAGAUCGCCAACAACGCUAACAAGGGUAACCUGCUGGCUGACGAGAAGCGGCGUCUGGAGGCGCGCAUCUCCGCCCUGGAGGACGAGCUGGAGGAGGAGCAGUCCAACUCUGAGAUCCUGAUGGACCGCGCCCGCAAGGGACAGCUGCAGCUCGAGCAGACGACCACCGAGCUGGCCGCCGAGCGGUCCACCACGCAGAAACUCGAGAGCAGCCGCAUGAUGCUUGAGCGUCAGAACAAGGAGCUGAAGGCGAAGCUUCAGGAGCUCGAAGGCGACCAGCGCUCGCGCACAAAGGCCACCAUCGCCGCGCUCGAGUCCAAGCUGCGCAACCUGGAUGAACAGCUCGAGGGCGAGGCCAAGGAGCGCCUGCUGCAGGCCAAGGCCAACCGCAAACUCGAGAAACGUAUGAAGGAGCUGAUUAUGCAACUGGAGGAUGAGCGGCGGCACGCCGACCAGUACAAGGAACAGGUCGAGAAGGUCAACUCGCGUGUCAAGGCGCUCAAACGCCAGCUCGACGAGACGGAGGAGGAACUGUCGCGCGAGAAGAGCCAGAAGCGCAAGGCGCAGCGCGAGCUCGAGGAUAUGAUGGAGAGCCAGGAGACCACCAACCGGGAGCUGGCCACACUACGCAACAAGCUCAGCCGGGUGCACUAGCACGGGAUCGGCGCACAGUGGAGGACGGAGGUGUCACGGCGCGGUGGUGCCGGCCUGGGCAUGUCCACCAACCGGCUGCUGAGCGGCAUCAAACGGUCCAGCAUGCAGCCGUCCGGCGACGACUCGGCCUCGUCGCUGCCCGAUGACAGCAUCGACGACGACGGCGAGGCCGACGCCUGAGCGCCGCGCCCACACACACAUUCCGGCCCGGCCCGCGGCGCCGGGACGCGCGACCCGAUGUGAUGAUCAGAUAGCCCGGUCGCCGAGUCUUGUGAGAACUGCAGUGCACGCGUGUCCCGCGCUCACCGCGGCCCGAUAUAUUUUCAUAUAGACGCGUACUUUUAUAAGUGAGAGCGAGAGCGAAUGAGAGCGCGCGCGCGCUGCGGCGCGUCGCGGCGUUCUAUCCGAGUGAUUCCGAGUGCCGGCGGCCAGCGCCGUCCGUUGGGCAGGUCUUGGCUGCACUAAUCCGCUUCCGCCGUGACGGUUGGAGAGACUAAUUUGUGAGCUGUAGCUGCGCCGCCGCCUGCCGCAGUGUUUGCCAUAUUUGUCGCCGGGCGGCGCCGCGGCGGCCGGCAGGUGCCGGCACACGUAGGCUAAGGCGUGCUUGUCCCCCGCCUGAGUGCGGCCGGACGCCAGAGAUCAUUGUUAUUGCUCCUUUCUGAGACACGCUUUUCGGUGCGUGAAUAAUUCGUGUAGAAAUUGAAUACUUAAAUAGUUGAAUAAAUGAAAGAGGAAA